GUUCUCCAAAUGUCUGCCAACACCGAAACUACUUCCCAGGAUGUUCCCUCGGUUUCUUCUCAGGGAGCCGAGCCAACCUCACAACCCAAGGGAAAAACCUUCGUUGAACCUACCGCUUUGGACAUAGUGCCGUCCAAACCCAACUACAACAAAGAAUUUGAAGUCGAGAAGCCCUCUCCGAUUGCGGAUAGAGGUUUCGAUGUAAGGCGAUAUCCUUCGUCUAUUACCGAGGAUAAACUUGACCAGGUCCGGGUCGACUGCGGAUGGGAUAACCGUCCGGUGCAAGUGUUCGCCCCCGGGCCCGACGAAUCUAUCACCGAUCAUAGAGAAGGCUUCUUGUAUGUUUACACCUAUCCAUUUACGCUCAAGCUCGACCCUGCAAUUGACCCGGUUAUUUUGGAGAUGUGCCGGACGUACAAUGUGACCCUGGCCCAAAUUGGUCCGAUUAUCUGGAGGACCGUGGCCUGCCUCCGGUUAUUGGCCAACAACGUCAACAGGGAAUUCUCGAUGACGCAUUUCAUCCGGUUAUAUUCCCCGAGGCUAUUCCGAGGGGGCGUGAUAAAGCUCGCCAAGCGAGGUCGGAACCCGAUUUUUUCCAAAAUGGACGAAGACAGAGAUCGAGGGUGGUUAGAACGCUAUGUCCGGGUAAGGACCGCGGACAUUAUUCCGAUUGAGUACAUGCCUUUCCCGGAGAGGUGGAACGAUAGGCGUAAGUUUCUCAGUCCUCUCUUCAAUAAUCAUUCUUCCUCCAUGCUUUGUCAACACUUACUCCCUUGUAUUCACGUGAUUUCUCCCCUUUUUUCUUUUGUAUCAGCUGUGGCAUGGAUACCUCCGGCCGUCCGGAACAUGACCGAAUGGGUUGGAGCAAUUAUCGGUCAACACACUCACGAACGACGGACAUGGGGGGACCUGUCGCGUGGCCGAUGGGUUGCCCAAAAUCACGGUAACGCUCUCCUUGAUUUGGUAUAUAUUGUAUCUUCUCCUUUUUUUUUUUUUCUUUUUAUAACCCCUUCGGUAUUCAGGUUUACCCAGGGGCUCGGUGGAGCCGAGACCGGAACCAACAGCCGAGCCUGCUGCACCGGUUCCUGAAUUCGAUUCAGCAGGGACAUCUCGGCUUAUUGCUGCUGCCAAUAAGAGGCGGAGAAAGCCCUCGGACAAAGGGCAGAAACCAAAGAAAAGGGCAAGGAGCGUUGUUCGGACUCUGAGGGAUGAAUCAGAGCCCGACUUUCUUAUUCGAAGGGUCGGUGUGGCCCCCUCCGUCGCCUCUGUUCCGGAGGAGGAAGCCACCAUUCCUCCCUUUCCUACAGCUGAGGAAGGACCUUCCGCUCCGGCAUUGCACACAGGUGGGGAAGAAGUUCUUUAUCCAACUCCUCUAAGGUCAAUUGAAUUCGUUGACAUUUCAGGUGACGCUUCAUCUGAAGAGACUCCCCUGCAAAGGCCUAGAAGAUCCGGGCUAGCUUCGACUGCUGAAGCCGAACAAAGAGCAGAGUCGGUCCCUGAUACCGAGGCUCCAAUGGAUACCAGCCCACUGCCCGGUGGUGACCCAGCUGCAACAUCCGAGGCACCUGCUUCUACCGAGACCGCUGGGGUUGCUCCAACUUCUCCUGCGCCGAGGUCGGAUAACCUCGAUGACAUGUUCUCGGAUACACCACCUGCAACCGGGGAAGCUGUCGGUUUCGGACAUCUCCCUAUCCCUCGGGUCACGAGGGCAGCUAGCCGGGCCACCGAAACUGGUUCAAGGGAUAGCCUAGUACGUGUCUUCCCGGCCCCUAGCGUGGAACCGAGAAGGACAAGGUCGGCCAUGGUCACCGUCCCCGAGGAUUGCAGCUUUUUGUCCCGUCCUGUGGGAGUAGCAAGCUAUCUGAGGCCCCUCGUUUCGGACUCGGAUAAGAGAAAGAUGGUCGGAGUCCCCUGGCAGUGCCUCAUUAACGAGGGCAUGCACGCGGGUAACCGGAGUGUUGUGCUCGUCAAUGAGGCCUUUAUCCGUGCUCAGCAAGAGGUUGACGACCUAAAGGGCCAGCUGGAUGCCCAAGGUCGUGAAACGGAGAAGUUCCAGCACCUUUUGCAAGAAAAAGAAGAUCAAUUGAACCGGGCCGCUGCCCUUUCCAACCUUCAACCCGAGCUCGAAGCGGCGAAGGCCGAAAAUCUUCGUUUGAAGGAUGAGUUGGCCGGAAUGGUUGAAAAGAACCGGCUCCUGGAAGCGGAUAAGGUCGGCCUUAGCCAAGACAAUGCCCGUUUUUCUUCGAGGCUCGGUGAACUCGAGGCCACUAUCUCUCAACUCCGAAGUGAGCUUGAUUCGGUCAAGACUGAUGCCGUGAAGAUGGCCGAGAGGCAUAGGCUGCUUGAAUCCGAAAAUGCUACGGACAAGGAGAAGUUGAGGGUAAUGGAACAGAAAGCCGAGGAUCGAGCCCGGAUUUGCGACGAGCUCAAAAGCAAAUUCGAGGAGGCAGCCGAGGCCAAUGACAUUCUUAAGGCCGAGCUUGAGUCGGCUACUCAAGUUCAAAGAAUUCUCGACGAAGAGAGAUCGGAAUUAGUGGCUAAAUUGGCCAAAGCUGAGGCCGACUUAGAAGAGUCUCUUAAGGACGUGGAGGCUGCCGAGGCUCGUACCACGAUUGCGGUUGAAUAUGAACGGUGGAAGUCCCGGAGGGCUACCCUUGAACAAGCUCAACAAGGAUUAGGGGACCUCCCGGCUCUGAUACUCGAAGCCAGAACAAUCGAGGAGGAGGCUAAGAAAGCCCUUGACCCCGAGUCUGAAGAUUCCGAGAGAACAGUUUCCGAGAACUCCGGCUCCAGUCAUACCGGGUAG